AUGAGUACAAACAGGGAGGAGAAAGUUAAGGUCUGGCCUUGUACAGUUGAACUCUUUGAGAAGAAGGCGUAUGACGCUAAACGGGUCUACAAAAACUACACAGAGUGGAGGGGGAGAGCUGUGAUCAUCAACAAUGUCAGCUUUGACAAUGAAUUUUCCCUUGAUAGAAAGGGCACAGAGGUGGAUGUUGAGUAUUUGAAAAGUUUAUUUCGGCAGUUACAUUACCUGGUGUUGAAGCAUGACAACCUGACAGCUGAGGCUAUUGACCAACUAGCCACACGUGAGGCAAGAACUGAUCACAGUGCUUAUUCUUCCUUCAUCAUGGUGAUCCUGAGUCAUGGUGGAGAGAACACGGUGAUAGGCACUGACGGUUAUCACAUAGGAUAUGACCAAAUUCUGGCACACUUUGAGGCUUCCAGGUGCCCGACACUGAACGGCAAACCCAAGAUGUUCUUCAUAUCUGCGUGUCAGGGCAUACAAAAGGCUCCGUUGUUUAAUACGGAACAAGCGCCACCGAGACCGCAAGAUAGAGAAACUCCAGAGAAAGCCGAUAUGAUAUUAGUAACUUCAACAACCAGAGGUGACAAGUCUUGGCGAUCUACUGAACGUGGUACGUUUUUCAUUCAGUGUCUGGUGAAGAGCUCUCGGAAAGAGCAUGUGACACCCAACUACUUGAUAUAUUGACACAGGUGAACGACAGUGUCUCCAAGAUGCCAACUCAAGAUGGCUGCCGACAGAUAUCAAGUAUAUCGACGCAAACAUUGAGGAAAUCUUUGUAUUUCUGGCCAGGGCUGUACUAUCCAGAGUGAAUUAAGGCAGUAGAAGUGGACAUUCAGGUACAAUUGCUAUGUAGUAUCCACCCUCAUCUUCUGUUACCAUGAUGUUUCUAUUGAGACUCAAGUAAUCUAAAUUUGAUUACAUGUUCAUUUUUCUCAACCUAGAGUUGCUAUCAGUUAAAAUCUAUUUUAAUUUGGUUUCAGUUGCAUAUAACCUGGAAUAAUAUACUGUUAUUGAUAAUCAGCAUUUGCAUUUAGUAUAAUUAUGGCAAAUAAAACCGUAAAUUUACAAAGUUUGGAACACGGUUUAAGCACCGUAUAUAAAGAAGUAAGAGGCGUAUUUCAUGUUGUGCUUAUUAUGUUGUUUUUUUUCAAACACUUAAAAUCAAACGAAAUGUGUGUCAGGUGUCUGGGUUAGUACUUACCAAAAAUAGAGGUGUUCCGUUUUUGCUGCCUGUUUCUAAUCUUCACAUAGCUGUAAUUUCUCAGGCUUUCAUCCAGUUGCAAGUGCAAAACCUCUAUUUACAAUCAUUCUCAACUACUGUGUCUGUUUUUUAUAAAAGGCUCAUGCUGUCUUGUUGUUAUAUGUUUAUGGAGUAAGAACUUCACAUAAUGUGGUUGUAUGAGCAAAAAUGUUAAUUGGCUUGGUAGUUGGACCAUACAUGAUGAUCAUUCAGGACAAACUGGAUUUGUUCUUCCUACCUUGAGCGGACC